AGUUUACCAUCCCAGCAAAUCAUCUGGCUUAUCAAAGGUGUUCACAAGGUGGAUUAGUUUGUUCCAAGCUCAAAGAUUGCACUUUCUUUCGACUCAACUGAUUCUUUCCGGUGGAUGGCAUCGAGCAGGCCGGUUUCGAUUUCAGUGCUAGUUCAACAUAUCAUUCACUCACACUCAAAUUGAUUGUUCGAGAAUCGCUCAUUUCACCAACAGUGCCAAAGCUGCAAUUGGGAAUUGCUUGCAAUAAAGUACAAACAAAGAUUCCUACUCAUUUCGGAUAAAGAUGUCCGGACGCUCAACGCGGAACCGUGGUCAAAUAUCCUAUGCAGAAGAUUACCAAAUGGACGAUGGAGAUGAUUUCGAUGAUGAAGAUCAAGGUCCUGCUCACAGUAAAAGAGCACUUCGAAUAAAAUUAAAAACGAAUGGCAGAGAAACAGAUGAUAACGCUGGCAGUGGACCCGAUGAGGAUGGCGAACAUGAGGAGUACAACGAUGAAGAAGAUGCAGAGGGCUCUGAUGACGCAGGCCAUGCCAGCGAUAGAAGAUCGCGAAGCGGUCGAAGGGUCGCAACAACGUAUAAAGAAGAUGAUGAUGACGACGAGGAUGAUGAUGUAGCUCCAAGAAGACGAAGGCCUGUAGGUAAAGCCAUGGACGGCUUUGUGGUAGAAGACGAAGACGAUGAUGGCGAUGCCGCAUUUGGCUCUAGUCGAAGACGGACAUCUUCGCGUCUAAAAAGGGCAGAUCAAAAGGUCAAACAUCUAGCAGAAAAGAGACAAAAGAAGCAAAGAAGGAGAUCUCAGCUCUCAUCCGAUUACGAAGAUAAUGGAGAUGCAUCUUUGUCUGACGAUGAUGAUGACGAAGAGGAAGGUGAUCCGGAGGAAGAAGAGGAUAGUGAUGAAGCCGGCCCACGCAGCUACAGUCUUCGUAGAAGAACGAAAAAGGUUGAUUAUCGACUCGUGCCUCCACAAGAACCACUCCGAGAUGGAUUUGGCAAAAAGAUUCGAAGCAGACAAAGAUCCGGGCAAGGAAAUACACCCUCUUACGAAUUGGAUGGCAUGGAAAGUCUACCUCGUGUACCUGGAGGAGCUUUGCAGCCAGGCGGCAAAGCAAGGCAGAAUUGGAACGGUCUUCCUUUGUCGAUGUCUGGAAAGGAUUACGAUAAAUUCUUUGGUAUCGAGAAUGAUGAUUCUUCCGAUGACGAUAUACCUAAUUCGAGAAAAGCUGGUGCUGCACCUCCAAAUCUGUUAGGUGGUUCUGCAUCGGGCGGCUUACUUGGUGCCGGAGGGGUUUCCGGUGGUGCUGGUAGUGGGUUAGGACCAGAUCUAGGAGCAGGUCGUGAUGCAGUCGGAAGGAUGAAGGGUACUACAGAACUGGCCGACGUUGAUCCUUUGGGUGUGAACAUGCAAGUCGAUUUCAAUAGCGUGGGAGGUUUAGACAACCACAUCCAACAGCUCAAAGAGAUGGUCAGCUUGCCAUUGCUGUAUCCGGAAGUAUUCCAACGUUUCAAAGUCACGCCACCGAGAGGUGUCCUCUUCCAUGGUCCACCGGGUACGGGUAAGACGUUGGUUGCUCGAGCUCUCGCUGCCAGUUGUAGCUCUUCCGGGCAACAGAUCAGCUUCUUCAUGCGCAAAGGUGCAGAUUGUCUGUCCAAAUGGGUAGGAGAAGCAGAAAGGCAACUUAGAUUGCUAUUCGAAGAAGCAAAGAAUGCUCAACCUUCUAUCAUCUUCUUCGAUGAAAUUGAUGGUCUGGCACCAGUGCGAAGUAGCAAGCAAGAUCAAAUUCAUGCAAGUAUCGUCAGCACACUAUUAGCUUUAAUGGACGGAAUGGAUGGAAGAGGACAAGUGGUCGUAAUUGGUGCGACAAACAGGCCUGAUAGCGUUGAUCCAGCUUUACGAAGACCUGGACGCUUUGACAGAGAGUUUUACUUCCCACUUCCUAACCGAGAAGCGCGGAAGAGUAUCAUUAACAUCAACACGAAAGAAUGGGAUCCCCCACUAGACGAAGCAUUCAAAGAUCAACUAGCAGAAGUCACAAAGGGCUAUGGAGGUGCGGAUCUACGUGCUUUGUGCACAGAAGCUGCUCUGAAUGCGAUCCAACGCAGAUAUCCUCAAAUUUAUCAAACUACAGAAAGGCUUCAAUUGCAACCUGAAUCGAUCCAUGUGGAUGCUAGAGAUUUCAUGAUGUCCGUCAACAAGGUAGUACCAUCUUCAGCUCGCUCUUCUGGCUCGGCAGCAGCUCCGCUAAAAGAGCACUUGAAGCCAUUGCUUGAGCAAACAGUGCACGUAUCAACCAAUGCUUUAGAUAGGGUGAUGCCACCAACAUCUAAACGUAAUCCACUAGAAGAAGCUCAAUGGGAAGAUGAUGCACCUACUUUGACUGCUGACGGUGGAUUUGGAAGGGAAUUGCUACUACAAUCGUUUGAGCAAUUGCGAAUCUUCAGGCCUAGGUUAGUUCUACAUGGCCGCAAAGGAAUGGGUCAGAGGUAUGUUGGAUCUGCUCUCUUGCAUCAUUUGGAGGGCUUCCACGUUCAAACACUUGAUCCGGGAACUUUGUUGGGUGAUAGCUCGACCACAUUGGAAGCUGCAGUCGUUCAGAUGUUCAAUGAGGCCAAACGUCACAAGCCUAGCGUAUUGUACAUCCCAAACCUGGCUCAAUGGGCAGAUACAGUAACGGAGAGUGCUCGUGCAACUUUCAAAGCAUUGUUGGAUGGUCUAUCCGCAUCGGAUCCAAUCUUGCUUGUAUCAGUCUGUGAGGGCUUAUUCGAGCAUUUGCCGCGCGAUAUCCGAUCUUGGUUCGGUUUCACCAAAGAGAAUCGAGUUCAGGUUGAAAUGCCAGAUGUGCACAAGAGAAGAGGAUAUUUUGAAGAAUUGCUCCAAUACGCCAUCAAGCCGCCAAGUGAAUUUCCAGAUGGAAUGCCAAGAAAGAGACGUGUGUUGGAAGAAUUACCUAUCGCACCACCUCGUGAACCUCGUAAGCCAACUGUGGCCGAAUUACGUCAACAACAAGCCGAUGAUGCAAGACUAUUGGAACAUCUGAAGUUCCGAUUGGGCCCAGUAUUGGCAGAAUUGAAGAAGAAAUUUCCUCGAUUCAAACGUGACGUCUGGCAAGAAUACAAUUUGUAUGAUCUUACCCAGCAAUUUGAAUGGAAAAAGGAAAAGAAUCGAAUUAUUGUCACUUUGCUGUACGAACCUGAUAGUCAACUUUUACAACGACUACAAGCACAAGCAGCAGCUGACGGGGAUGCGAAUGGCUACCGAAAUGGAGCUAGUGGCAGUCGUGGAGUGAGCGUGGAUCCCAAUCAUCGUGAAGCUGCACCUGCAGUACCAGCACAAGAGGUGGAAAGCGUCUCGACAGCCGUUGCUACUAACGGAUUCGGGGAACAUCCCGCUCAAGAACAAGCACAAGCCCAGGCUCAAUUAAUGGUGGAUCCAAGCACUUCUGCCGUUGCUACCAAUGCUGGUGAAGCAGUUGAUCCGGUCGCACUUGGAGGUCUUGCUGCUGCAAUGACUGGCGACUUUUCUUCUUCAAAUCCACCCGUAGUUUCCACAAUUCCUUCUGGAUUGGAACAUUUCAGAAGAGAUGAGUCUGGAUUCUUUGUUCGUGAUUUACCAAUUUGGACUGUUAACUUGGAAAAGAUGCAAAAGAGAUUGUAUUACAACGGCUAUCUAACGGUGGAAGACUUUAUCGAAGAUCUCGGAAGAAUCGUUUCAAAUGCAGAAGAAGCACAAGAAGUUGAUGAAGAACGAUUGACAAGAGCACAACAAUUACGCAAUUUGGCAGUCAUCCUGAUCGAUUCACACAUUGAUGCCGAAUUCCGUGCAAGUUGUGAAAGAAUGGCAGCACGAAUGUUGCAACGGGAAGAAGAGGCUAAGAGAGAAGCAGAAAAGGAAAAGAAACAGAAGGAGGAAGCGGCAAAGAUGCCAAAAGGCGAGAGGCACUCCUCUAGAUUGCACGGAGAAGCACCACAAGUAAGCUCAUUAGCCGAAUUGGCUGCUCUGGAACGCAAGAGAAGUAGACCGAGUGAUGAGAUAAUGCAUGAUGCCAACAAUGCUGCCUCUUCUUCUCAUGCCAUUGAUGAAGAUGCUCGUAAGAAGGCAAAACUUGAUGAAGGACGUCUCAAUGGAAGCGACACCAAUAUGCACGUACCUGAUGCUGCUUUAGCUUCAGGCCAACUUUCCGGUCUCGAUCGGACUCAAGGCCCUUCUCAGCCACAGCAUGUGAUCUCUUCUCUACCUGCUCAUAUGAACGGCUACCCCAACAGUUCCUCCUCUUCUCAAGAGACAGUUCUCUCUGGUCACGCGGUCGCUGCUGCUGCACAAUUGAACCAUGCUCAUUACAUACCCGCACCUGCAGGCAGUAAUGAGAGUGUUUUAUCGCCAAUCGUCAAAGCUGUUGCAACUCCGCCAUCAGCAAACACGCCUCAUCCACCUCUUUCCUACGAUGAAUCAAAGCUACAGGCACUUCAGAAGGAAUUGCUCGAAUCUACUUCUACCUUUUCGGUCGAACAAUUGGAACAAUUGCGCGCUUCUCUGUUCAGCAUUAUCUGGAACCGAAGAAGCGAAUGGGAAAAGAAUGGUUCAUUGACUGAGCUUCUACAAACAGUCAAAGAGAUUUCAAAGGAAGUCAACGCUUUCAACGAUGAAGAGAGACAGCAAGAUUUAGAGGAAAACGAAGCAAGGUUUGUAUAAAUUGUACAUCAAUCACACAAAGCAAAGCACUAUUCAAGCCCAUAAACGGAGUAAAAUUUUACUAUAUUGUAUCUUAAGCAUCUCAAAACUUUUACUCGUACGUACUAUCUUAUACAAACAAUGAAUAUUAAAAUUACACAUAA